AUGUCUUCGAUUUCGCGUCUCGUUCGCUUUCUUGCCAGAGAUGGGUUGACAUACUACGGCGAUGCCAUUUUGCCACCUGGAGUCAGCGACAUCUCGAAAGCCACAACGGCUCGGGUAAUCAAAGGAGAUAUCUUUGACCGGCCUUAUGUAACAGAUCAAAUUGCAGAGGUGAAGAAGCUGUUGGCGCCUCUGGCGUGGGAAGAUAUCAAAACCGUGCGGUGCCUGGGUUUAAACUAUGAGCAACAUGCGAAGGAGUCCAACCUUCCAAUUCCCAAAUACCCAGUUCUGUUCUACAAACCAGUGACGUCUAUCGCCGGCCCUUCUGACGAUAUCCCUAUCUCGUCUAUGGCCCAGGAAGGCGAGGGUCUUGAUUAUGAGUGUGAACUAGUGGUGGUCAUCGGGAAAGAAGCCAAAGACGUCCCCGAAUCGCGCGCUUUGGACUACGUUUUUGGCUAUGCUGUUGGCAAUGAUGUUUCCCAUCGCGAUUGGCAGCUCAAACGAGGCGGUGGUCAAUGGGGGUUGGGCAAGAGCUUUGAUGGAUGGGCACCUUUUGGACCGGGAAUUGUAUCCUCAAAACUGAUCAAUGACCCAGGUGCUCUCAAUAUCUCAACGAAACUAAAUGGGGAGACAGUACAAUCAUCAUCCACCAAGGAUUUGAUUUUCGGUGUCGCCCAUGCGAUCUCAUUUCUUUCACAGGGGACCACACUCCAACCUGGGGAUCUUAUAUUCACUGGAACUCCUCAAGGCGUUGGGAUGGGUCGUCGCCCCCAGCUGUGGCUUAAAGACGGCGAUUUAGUUGAAGUGGCACUCCAAAAUGUAGGAUCUUGCGUCAAUCGUGUGGUUUACGCCAAGCCAGCUGCAAAACUUUGA